AUGUUGAUCAAGGUCCGAACACUCACCGGAAAGGAGAUCGAACUCGAUAUCGAGCCUGACUACAAGGUUUCCCGGAUAAAGGAGCGCGUUGAGGAGAAGGAGGGUAUUCCUCCAGUCCAGCAACGACUGAUUUUCGGCGGCAAGCAAAUGGCGGAUGACAAGACAGCCUCAGAAUACAACCUUGAAGGUGGUGCUACACUCCAUCUCGUGCUUGCCCUGCGUGGAGGAAGCACCGCGAUGUCGAUGUAA